AAAGGAAAAAGAGCAACUGACCGCGUGACAUCUGCUCAUCUAAAACAGGAAAACCUGUCAAAAACUUACUGCAGACACCCAAGGGCAAAUAAAGAGAAGAAAUCCUCGAACAAAUUAUCAACCUUAGGACUUCUGCCAUACAAAUGUAAAGAUCUUCAGUGAGUUGAUUUCAACCUCAGAAGCAUCCAUGGAUGUCAGCGAAGAGGAAUUUACUCCUCUCAUGAUCAGAGACCGUGGAGGCAGCCAGAGGUCCAGUUCGAGCACUGGUACCAGUCUGCAAGUACACCUGUACUUCUUCCCUCCCACUAAAGAUGCAAUGACAAUACACAUAUCAAGUGGGCAAGUCUCUGCUGAAAAUGUUUGCAUCCAAGCUGCAAAAUCAUGCGGAAUCUUACCGGUUUACCAAAGUCUCUUUGGUUUGGCAUCUGGUGAUCUCUCAUUCUGGUACCCUCCAUCACACAUGUUCAACACAGAAGAAAACAUACACGUCCACUACAGAGUCAGGUUUUUCUUUGGGAAUUGGUAUGGGCAGGGACCAAGAAUGUCAUACCGCUACAGUCUAACCAGAGACAGAAUUAGCCCUGUGCUUGACUACUCUGUCAUUGACUAUCUCUUCGCCCAGGUACGAAGUGACUUCAUCACAGGUGAAGCCGGAGUGGCUCCCCCUUUGAGUGUUCAAGAAGAAUGCCUUGGCCUGGCAGUGCUGGACUUGUGGAGAAUAGCAAAGGAGCGCUAUUUGAGCAUAAGGGAGCUUUGCAAGAUCAUCAGCUACAAAUCUUGCCUUCCUGUAUCACACCGCCACAACAUCCAGAAACGCAAUCGCCUGGAUCGCUAUCGAAUCAGAAAUACUCUCAAGCGUUUCCUGAAGAAGCUUGGAAACAGCUCUGUGGAUGAGUACAUCCUGAAACUGAAGUAUUUGGUUGAAAUGGCUGGCAUCGUUCCCACCUUAGGAAGUGAAGUGUACCACAUCAGCGCUGGUUCCUCCCAAUCCAAUGGAACGUUUACCCAUGUGAAGGUUACCGGGGAAAUCGGAAUUCAAACUAGUGGAAGUCGUUAUCCUGAUGGUUCCUUGGUUUGGCAGACUUUCUGUGAUUUCCAGGACAUCAUUGCUAUCAGUAUGAAACGAGUAUCUCACGAGCAAGAAAACAGCAGGUUGGUGACCGUGUUUCGCCAUGAUGACAGAUACAUGGAAAUCAAUUUCCAGAGCCUGAAAGAAGCACUCUCAUUUGUGUCGCUUGUUGACGGCUACUUCAGACUGACCACAGACUCCAGCCACUACUUCUGCCGCGACACUGUGCCUGAAAGUAUUCUGGAGGGGAUCAAAAACCAUUUCCAUGGCCCAAUCACGUCAGAGUUUGCUGUUGACAAGUUGAAAAAGUCCGGGUUAAAAGGUGGAAAAUUCCUACUUCGGCAGAGUCCCAAAGAUUUUGAUAACUUUUUCCUCACUGUUUGUAUUCAGACUCCACUUGGACUUGAUUAUAAAGAUUGUCUCAUCGUUAAGAAUAAGCACUAUCGUCUUCCUGGUGUCCCGAAGUCCUUUUCCACUUUGAUCGAGCUCACCAGCUUUUACCAGCAACACAAACUACUGCUGGAUAACGUGCCUGCCAAGCUCGGCCAUUGCUGUCCACCCCAACCCAAAGAGCUCACAAAUCUCAUCAUCAUACGAAACGGCAUUUCUGUUGAGGCUGAAGGGUCCCAAACACCUGAGAGGAAAAAGUUUGGUCAUAUCCAGUUCCAUAUGAUCAGAUACGAGGACCUAAAAUGGGGGGAGAGCCUUGGACAGGGAUCCUUUACACGAGUUUUUAAAGGCACCAAAACGGCCAUUCGUGAUGGUGAGAAACAUGUGACGGAUGUUCUCUUGAAAGAACUUGAUGGUGGUCACAAGAACUGCUGGGAAUCAUUUUUUGAAGCAGCCAGCGUAAUGAGUCAAAUCUCACACAAACACCUCAUCUUGGUUUAUGGCAUCAGUGUCCAUGGAACAAAAAACAUAAUGGUCCAAGAGUUGGUAAAGUAUGGGGCCCUUGACCUUUACCUGAAGAGGGGACAGUCCAUGUCAGUGAGCUGGAAACUUGACAUAGUCAAACAGCUUGCAUGCGCCCUCAACUUUCUGGAAGAAAAGAACAUUGUCCAUGGAAAUAUCUGUGCAAAAAAUCUUCUACUGGCCAGAGAAGGGGACAGGUCUCAGGGCACCUCUCCUUUUAUCAAGCUAAGUGACCCUGGUAUCAGUAUCGCAAUGGUCGGCAGAGAUGUUAUCCUGGACAGAAUUCCUUGGGUGGCUCCUGAAGUGUUGGAGGCUCCAGACAAGCUGACAUUGGAGUGUGAUAAAUGGAGCUUUGGUGCCACAGUGUGGGAGAUCUUUAACAAUGGCAAUCCUCCAUUACAAGACUGGGAUCUUCAACAGAAGCAGCAGUUCUACGAGAGUAUCCAUCAGCUGCCGCCGUCUCAGUGGACAGAGCUGGCCGAGCUGAUCAGCCAGUGUAUGAACUACAAGCCGGCCUUUAGACCUUCAUGUCGCAGCCUCAUCCGAGAACUCAACAGUCUCAUCACAUCAGACUAUGUUAUACUUCACACAACUGAGCCCGUCACACUCAACCCAGUGUGUCAAGCAUCGAGUCCUGCUCAACAGGACCAGACAUUGCUUGAGGAGAGACACCUACGGUACAUCUCCCUGCUGGGAAAGGGAAAUUUUGGAAGCGUUGAACUGUGUCGUUAUGACCCACUGGGAGAUGACACAGGCGAGAUGGUUGCUGUGAAGAAGCUCCAGCCCAAUAAGCAGUCAACCCUGGAGGACUUUCGUAAGGAGAUCAAAACCCUCAGCAUGAUGUGCUGCGACUACAUCGUCAAGUACAAAGGUGUCUGCUACAGCAUGGGGCGGCUCAACAUGAGUUUGGUGAUGGAGUAUUUACCACAUGGAAGCCUGAUUGUGUAUUCAGAAACCAACAGACACAACAUCAAUACCAGGCGGAUGCUGCUCUUUGCUUCACAGAUCUGUAAAGGCAUGGCAUACCUGCAGACAUUACGUUAUGUGCACCGAGACCUAGCUGCCAGAAAUAUACUUGUGGCGAGUGAGUCACUGGUGAAAAUUGCUGAUUUUGGACUGACCAAGAUAGUUCCUUUGGACAAAGAGUACUACAGAGUCAAACAGCCUGGAGAGAGCCCCAUCUUCUGGUAUGCCCCAGAAUCCAUCAAUGAGUUGAGAUUCUCCCAAAAGUCAGAUGUGUGGAGUUUUGGAGUUGUUCUUCAUGAGCUCUUUUCCUACUGUGAUAUGAACUCCAGCCCUAAAAAGCUAUGUAUGCAGGAGAUCGGAACCAACGCCCACGGACUUUCCAUUUCAAUGCAUCUGCUAAAUAUCCUCAAGGACAACUGGAGGUUGCCUCCCCCACCAAACUGUCCACCCAAGGUGUACAGUUUGAUGAAGCAGUGUUGGGUUUACCACUUUGAGGAGAGACCGUGUUUCUCCAGCCUGGAGGAUCAAAUUGAAAUCAUCAUGCAAGAAGAGGCUGAGAGGCUGCCUGGGAGACCCAAAAAUGGCACCACGCCAUGUUUGCAAGUGCUGAACUCCCGUUAAAAUAAUCUGCACAUGCGGUUUGUAGCAGGAACUAAACCAUUUUCUAAUUCGCUUAUCCUGACGAGGGUCGUGGGACGUGCUGGAGCCUAUCCCAGCUGUCUUCGGGCAGUAGGCAGGGUACCCCCUGAACUGGUUAUCAGCCAAUCGGAGGGAUCUAAACCAGGGGUAUCAAAUUCAUUUUUUGUCACAAGCCAUAUUAGUUAGUUUCCCACAGAGAGCCAUUAUGAUUGUGAAACCAUACAAAUGUUCAUCCUUAUUUUAUUUACUGGCAUAGGUAAAAUUCCAUCAGCUUUCAAGACACCAAAAACAGCAUUUUUCUUCAGCCAUUUACAUUACUUCGUUAAAGAGCAUGACGAUUUCAACACGCUAGAUUGGUCAAUAAUUUGUAGAAAUAACACCGCAAAUCUUUAUGAGUGGACUGACCACAAUUAUAGAUUUAUGGAAAAAAAUGAAAAUUGUCACAUAGGUUUCAUUCAGCUCAACGCCAGCGAUAUACACACUGCUAGUUUUGAAAUCAAACAUCAAGGUUAAUAGAUCAUUAAACUGUUGUUCAAGUUACCGUAGAACGGGACUUGGAAACAAUAUUAUAUAUACAUAUGACAUUAGAAAUUUUGGAAGAGAUUUUAGCAAGAAUCCUGGAAAUCGCCAUACAAGAUUUAUUUUGCUUCCACGGGCCACAUAAAAUGAAGUGGCAGGCCCCAUCUGGCCCCGGAGCCUUGAGUGUAACACCUCUGUGGAAAAUGGUUAUAACAUACACGCACGGACACAAAAUGUGUCAGUAACCUUGUACGUUUUUCCAAUUUUUUGUACCGAGUGUUUAGAUGUUGAAUACUGUCACAAUAAAGUCAUUUUAAAAAGUCAUCAUCUCCAAGUCUGAAUUGUUGUCAUUGUAGCGCCAGCUCUGUACAUACUUGUACAAUUGAUCUAUAUUCCACAGCACCAGACAUUUCAAAGCGCUCAAGGACUUUCUGUAUAAUUGCACACCUAAAGUUGUACUACAAUUACUGCUACUG